UUUUUGCCGUGCUGCAAGAACAUGAACUUUGCAAAAUGGGAUCUGUAUUAAGUAGAAACAUUGGCUUAAGAUUGUGGAUGUAAAUUUGUGGUAAAAUCCAGCCUGCUACUUCCAAUUGUGUACAUUUUGCAAUAACGUUCUAUUAAAACCUCAAAAGCAUGAUUGCCACAAGAUUUUGGGAUGUUUUCCUAAAACGUUGAAAUUUGUGUAGUCCAACUAAGGCAGCGUGAUCCAACUGGUGGCCCAUGGGCCCCAUCCAGCCCAGCGGGUGAUUUUAUCCGGUCUGAGACCAUUUCCAAUAUUCCAGCUUCUGCUCCUCUACCUGGUGAACGUCCUCCCAUGGCAGCGGCAGGAGCCGGCGAUUGGGAGGACGCAGCAUGGAGAAUGAAAAUAAUACCGUCUGUUACUGCAGUGUGUCAGGAAGACAAAUCUCAGGCCUGACCCUACCUCUUCCUCCCAAAAAGCUCAUUGGAAAUAUGGAUCGAGAGUUCAUAGCAGAAAGGCAACGAGGGCUUCAGAAUUAUCUGAAUUUCAUUACAACACAUCACAUACUGUCCACCUGUGAGCUGGUUAAAAAAUUCCUCGAUCCCAUCAAUUACUCAGCUAACUAUACUGAAGUUGCUUUACAGCAGGUAUCCAUGUUCUUCCGUUCUGAACCCAACUGGGAGGUGGUGGAACCAUUAAAAGAAAUAGGUUGGAGAAUAAGGAAAAGGCACCUUUUAAUAAAAAGUAAGGACCAGCCCAAGGAACGCCAAGUAUUAAGUUGGGCUGACCUUGGUCCUGAUAAGUUUCUGUCUGACAAAGAUCUUCAGUCAACAAUGAAGCUUCUAACUUCUUGGUCUCACCCCUGUGUCUACCCGGUCACAUUUGCCACCGCUAGUGAAUCUUCAGCACUGGUAAUCCGAAUGUACAAUGAGAAAGGGACACUAAGGGAUUAUAUCUGCAAGGCUAAACCAAAAGAUCCUUUCCUGAAGAAGUACUGCAAUCCUAAGAAAAUUCAAGGUCUUGAUCUUCAACAAAUCAAAACUUUCGGGAGACAGAUAUUGGAGAUUUUGAAAUUUCUUCAUGAAAAAGGAUUUCCAUACGGACAUCUUCACUGUUCAAAUGUAAUGCUUGAUGGAGACGUGUGUAAAUUGCUGGAUUUAGAAAAUUCUUUGCUAGGACUGCCCAGCUAUUAUAGGCCGUAUUACACACAGUGUAGGAAAAUCAAUACAAUGGAAGCUAUUGAUGUUUUCUGUUUUGGCCACUUACUGUAUGAAAUGACUUAUGGGAGGCCAUCAGAUACAGUACCAGUGGACAGUUACCCACCUGCUCCCUCAUCGAAUAUAGUGGUUGUCUUGCAAUCCAUUCUCUCGACGGAAGCCUGUAAAUCCAGCAUGCCAACACUCACCCAACUACUUGACACACAGUUAUUCAGUGACGUGUUGUUUAAUUCUGAAAAGCCACAGUUUAAGAUUCCCAGUAAACUGAAGGAAGCCUUGAAAACAGCAAAAGAAUGCAUGGAGAAAAGGUUAAAUGAAGAACAGAAAGCAAUUCAUCAGCGUAAGAGACUGACACGGGCACAGUCUCAUCACGGUUCAGAGGAAGAGAAAAAGAAAAGGAAGACGUUGGCACGAAAGAAAUCAAAGCAGACUGUAACCGAGAAUGAAGCGGAUAAUUCAGCCAAAAGUAGUAACUCAAACAAUGCAAAUUCUGGCUCUGGCGCUAGUUCUCCUCUAACAUCACCAUCUUCGCCUACUCCUUCAUCUACUGGAGUUUUACCAGUCCCUCCACCACCAGCUGCACCUCCACCUCCAAAGUCUGAGGACUACUCUCUACCCCAACACAUUUCUACUGCAAACGGUGCAGAACGAGGAGCCUUACUCAGUUCAAUUCAAAGCUUUAAAAAGGGGAAGUUGAAGCCCACCGAAACAAAUGACCACAGCAUUCCAACAAUCAAAUGAUAUCAAAGUUGUCUUUGUUGCUGGACUGUUUCCAGUAUCAAACCUGAAACACUGAUAAGUAAAGUGUUUUGUGUACUACUUGCAUAUCAUUGUUUAGUCAAGUCUUUCUGGAGCUCUUGUACAGGACAAUCAUUUGUUUUAAAAGCAUUUGCUUUUCAAGAAUGUUUCAUACGUUGCAGCCAAUAUGCAUAGAUUUACGUAACUACUUCAGUGCCCCCUUUGUGGACUAGGCUAUAUUUCUGAAGCAGAUACUCAUUAAGCUCGUCAAUCACCAACUACCUGUGGAGCCAAUUUUCUGCAAUAAUUUUACAUGUUGAAGUUAGUAGAAAUACAGCAAGUGUGUUUUGCAAUAAUGUAUCUAAAUCAUUGCCCAAUAAUCUUAAUUCUGAAGAAAGUGCACUUUAAAGAUAUAAUUAACUUGUAUCAUAAACAAGAAACAGCUGUUUCUAUGCAGAAAGAUUUUCACAAUGGUAAUACAUGUACAGAUUUUCUUGUAAACUAUGGCCAGAUAUUGUUUUAAUAUUUUUAUUAAAAUAAUUGUCUUCUGUU